AUGAAGAAAUGCAAAAAGAAGAAUAAGAAUAAGAAAGAUUCUGAAGCAAAAGAUUCUACUCAAGAUGGUUCUAAGAUAUCCAAACCUUCGGUUAUUCCAAUAGUGGAAGUUAAGCCUUUGAGAUGCUCAUUCAAUCCAUCAUUUGAAGCUCAUCGGGAUUCUUUGGCUCAAGCGAUUGCAACAAAAAUGCGAAAUUUUAUCAAAAUGAGUUGA